AGCUUUGAACUUUCUGGUCAAAAUCUAAACUUCCCAAAAACAACCAACAAGCUGUCAGCAGCAAGCCUGGUGCAUGCCAAGGCCUGAAUGCUAGCCAUCAUGUCUACUGAGACUACUGUUGCAUCUGCUCCUGCUGAUGAUCAGCCAAUUGAGGGAAAGGUGCAUGAAGAAAUAACACAUGCAAGCAAAGAGAUUGAAAGUCUUCCAUCCAAGGAUGAUGGAAAAAAGGAUGAAAAGGAAGAUCUUGUAGUUCUAGCAGAGAAAUCUGAUGGUUCAGAGUCUCAGUUAAUUUCAAGUAUGUCUGAAGAAACACCAGAGAAUAACCAGACGGAGCACCCUAUCGUUGUCGAGGGCCAGGUUGAUCACGUUCCAGUCGAAGCAGGAGCGAAAGAGGUUGAGAGUUCUGAUCAGGAUCCAGAAGCAUCAACCACAAAAAACUCAGCCAGUGAAGCUGUUGAAAGCCAAGCAGAUGAGAGUCUAACAAUUGAAAAUGUUCCAGUGGAGAAAGUUGAAUCAGUUGAAAAUACACCAGUGGAGAAAGUAGCAACUGAAGCAGUUGAGGAAGAAGCAGAGAAGGCACAAACUGUUGAAGUAGUUGAGGAUAAACCAGUGGAGAUAGUAGGAAUUGAAGAAGCUGAGAAAGAAGCAGAGAAGGCAGAAACUAUUGAAGCAGCUGAAAACAAACCAGUGGAGGAAGUAGCAACUGAAGAAGCUGAGAAGGAAGAAGAGAAGGCGGAAACUAUUGAAGCAGCUGAAAACAAAACAGUGGAGGAAGUAGCAACUGAAGAAGCUGAGAAAGAAGAAGAGAAGUCAGAAACUAUUGAAGCAGCUGAAAACAAACCAGUGGAGGAAGUAGCAAUUGAAGAAGCUGAGAAAGAAGCAGAGAAGGCAGAAACUAUUGAAGCAGAUGAGAAUAAACUAGUGGAGACAAUUGAAACUGCGGCAGUUGAGAAAGAAGCAGAGCAAACAAAAGCAAUGGAAGCAGAAGAGAAUAAACCAGAGGAGAAGCCAGCUACUGAGCCAGUUGAUAAACAGAUAGAUGAUGAGAAACCAAAGGUUGAAGCUUCUGAGGCUGAUCAAUCAACUGAAGCAGCUGGUCAGGCAGUGGAGGAAACCUUGGAAACAUCUCUUGUCAAAGAUUCAGAAACAGUAAAUGAAGUGGAGGGUAAACCACAUGAACGGUUGAAAGUUUUAUUGGAGAUGGAAAGAAAUAUUGAGAAGGUACUCAAGCCUGAAGAAAAUGUUGCCACUGAAAGCUCUGUCCCAGCCAUUGAGGAAGCUCAAGCAAAUGAAAAAGUAUCUCAUGUUGCUGAGAAUACAGAGAAAGAAGCAGGUGUGGUUGAUGAGGUUGGAAAGUUGUUGAAGGAUGAGACUGAGGUGAGUGAAAAUGCUGCAGUGGAAGAAGAAAAGAUUGUCAAAACAGAACAAGAAACUGAGGAGAAAAUUGAAAAGACUGAGGCAAAGAAAACUGAGGAUGACAAUAAGCUUGAAAAUGUUGCAGAAGUUGCAGAUAGAGAAUUGGGUGAGGCUAAAGAAGUACUGGUCAAAGAAGAUGUGUACAAGGACAUCAAAGAGAAUGAAGAGGUGGUUGUGCCUUCUGCCAUUGUUGAACCUGUAGGAGAAGCCAAGACUGUGGAUGAUGCUAGUAAGUUUGAAAAUACAGAAGAAACUGCAAAUGAGUCAAAAACUGAGCCUGAGACUCUUGAGGCUUCCAAAGAUCAGGAAAAGCAAGAUGUUUCAGUGAAAGCAGCACAAAAGCAAUCAGGUGGCAUCAUAUCAAAGGUGAAGCAAUCUAUUGUGAAGGUGAAGAAAGCUAUCAUUGGGAAAUCUCCCAGCUCAAAAGUCCCCUCACCUGAAGUCAAAGCAGAAGAACCUGUCAAGUAAGUUUUGUCAAGAGAAAGAUGGUUUAUAUAUGGAGGUUUUUUUCACUGUGUAGAUUCCAUGCAGUGAAACCUGUGGUGUAGUUGAUUGAUCUGGUGUUUCCUCAUGUGCUUGCCUCCGGAAUUGUGAGGACAUACAGGAGGGCAAAGACCAUGCGUUUUGUUU